AGUGAAAAUAAGAGUUGCAAGCGAGUGUGUCUCCGCUGAUGCUCCAACCCUGGAAACACCAUCCAGUCAUUACAUCUCCCGCGAUUCUGCUAUGCGCAUCGGACGAGGAGACGCCACUUGCGCUUUGGUUUUGGACUGGUGUUAAAUCUUUUACUGUGCACCACUGGACAGGAUGGAGCAUUGGAGACAAUGUGCGUUAUGGCUGAUCAAUUGCAGGGUGCUGCCACCGAACCAUCGGGUGACAUGGGAGUCCGCUCAGGUGUUCGACCUGGCGCAGACCCUGCGGGAUGGGGUCCUCCUGUGCCAGCUCCUCAACAACCUGAGACCCCAGUCCAUCAACCUGAGGGAGAUCAACCUGAGACCUCAAAUGUCACAGUUUCUCUGCUUGAAGAACAUCAGGACAUUUUUGCACGCCUGCUCGGAGAUAUUCGGCAUGAAGAAGAGCGAGCUGUUUGAGGCUUUCGAUUUGUUUGACGUUCGAGAUUUCGGAAAGGUUAUGGACACACUGUCCAAACUCUCUCAUACACACAUUGCACAGCAGACUGGAAUAAGGCCGUUUCCCACAGAAGAGAGUGUUGAGGACGAAGACAUUUAUAACCAUCUAGAGGAUCUGAUAGAUGAGAAUGGUGUUGAGGAUGAGGAAGAUCUCUAUGACUGUGUGUAUGAUGAUGAUGAGGGAGGAGAGGUGUAUGAAGACCUGAUGAAGGUCGAGCUGGUACAACCGCAGAAACAGGUCGAGACGGACAUCAGAAGCUGCUGUCUGAUGGAAAUCAAGCAGACUGAGGAGAAAUACACAGAGACGCUGGACUCCAUAGAGAAGUUCUUUAUGAAGCCUCUGGGACAGUCACUGUCCAGUGUGGAGAUUGAAAAAGUGUUCAUCAAUAUACCAGAGCUUGUGAAGGUGCACAUGAGUCUUCUGAGAGAGGUCCAGGAUUCAGUGAUCAUGCAUAACGCCAGCAACCUGUUUCAGAUCUUUAUAAAAUACAAAGAAAGAUUAGUCCUGUAUGGGAAGUACUGCAGUCAAGUAGAAUUAGCCAUUGCGUUUUUGGAUGACAUCUGUAAGAACAGAGAGGACGUCAGGCAGAUGUUAGAGCUAUGUUCCAAACGAGCCAAUAACGGGAAGUUUACUCUGAGAGAUCUUCUGGUGGUUCCAAUGCAGAGAGUUCUGAAGUAUCAUCUACUUCUACAGGAACUGGUGAAACACACCCAUGAUGCCACAGACAAAAGUAAUUUACGGCAAGCGCUGGAUGCCAUGAAGGAUCUGGCUCAGUAUGUCAACGAGGUGAAGAGAGACAUCGAGACUCUCCGAGACAUCGACCAGUACCAGAAAUCUAUAGAAAACCUCAAUCAGUCUCUACGUAUCUACGGGAGACCGAAAGGUGACAGCGAAGUGCGAGUAGCUUCAGUCGACAAACGAGCCAAACAAGACAGGCACAUCUUUCUGUUCGACGCCGCCGUGAUCGUAUGCAAACGGCGAGGAGAUAACUACGAGAUGAAGGAGGUGAUUGACCUCCACUCCUUCAAGAUCACCAACAACCCAACCUCAGAGAGAGAAAACCGCAAGUGGUGCCACGGAUUCUACCUCACACACAAUCAGGGUCAGAGCGGCUUCGAGUUCUUUUUUAAAACCAAGGAGGUGAAGAAGAAAUGGCUGGAGCAGUUUGGCAUGGCAUUAUCGAACAUCUGUCCAGAGAGCGGGAAAAGUAAUUCCCAUGAGUUCCGCAUGCACACCUUUGAGACAACCACAUCCUGCAGCUCAUGUAAAAUGCUGCUGAGAGGUGUCUUCUAUCAAGGCUACCGCUGCUCUAAAUGUGGUGCUGGUGCCCAUAAGGAGUGUCUUGGUAGGGUGGAAGUUUGUGUCAGCAGUGUCGAUUCCAGCUCUUUCGGAUCCCAGGUUGGAAAAACACCCUGUCGUGGAGGAGACACAGGUCUCCCUAAGAUGACGGUCAUCCGUAAUUACUAUGGGGUUCCAAGCCCCCUCUGUGGCCCACCUCUCAACAUCCAGGUUGGUGAUGUCAUCGAGGUGAUGGAGGCAAACAUCCGUAGCAGUUGGUGGAAGGGUAGAGUCCUGGCAACUAAGGAGGUUGGCUUCUUUCCAAGCGACGCAGUGAAGCCAUGCCCAUGUGUGCCCAAACCUGUUGACUACUCUUCUCAGCCUUGGUUUGCAGGCCCGAUGGAGAGGCUGCAGGCAGAGGAAGCACUGCUCAACAGGACGAGCAGCACGUACCUGGUCCGUCACAGAAGCCGAGAGUUUAACGAAUAUGCCAUCAGCAUCAAGUACAACAACGACGUGAAACACAUCAAGAUCUUAACAAAGGACGGACUCUUCCACAUUGCAGAAAACAGGAAGUUCAGAAGCAUUUUAGAGCUGAUCGAGUAUUACAAACAUAACUCUCUGCGGGAAGGAUUCAGGACACUUGAUACCACGCUGCAGUUCGCCUACCGAGAGCCGGAGAAUGGAGCCAACACCCCGUUGCUCUGCGGGCUGUCUUUUCUAACUCCCGCCGGCUACAGCUUUGUCCCCCCCUCUACCGCCCCAUUCUGGUCAGUGUUCGCUCCUAAGGUGAUGGGUGUGGCGAUCGCCCGCUACGACUUCUGCUCUCGGGACAUGCGGGAACUGUCUCUGCAGGAGGGUGAUGUGGUGAAGAUCUACAGCAAAACUGGAGCCAAAGGCUGGUGGAAGGGUGAAGUCAGUGGACGGGUGGGCUGGUUCCCCUCCACGUACGUAGAAGAAGGCGAGGAAUGAACGGCUCAGCGAUUGCGCACAAGAGAUAGGAAACAGAGGGGAAAAAAGCAGACAGACUGAGUCAGAAAAAGGGCAAGCGAUCGGCCGCUCUCUCUGUGUCUUGUUUGUCUAUCCUGGAGGACAUGCAUGGGGUUUGAUAGAUGAACGACUGUCUCUCAGGGAGCAGAUUAUCCAACACAACCCCAGACCGCAUUUUAAAAGACCCUUCCGGGUGCCUGGAUGGAGCGUCGCGGAUGAAUCUGGGUCUGAGACGGAAUGCCAGAAUCGGACUGAGGUUACGCCGCGAGCUAUUUCUGUGUGCGUGUGGCAGUUUGUCUGCUCAUGGGGAAACAUAUUUGUCCUGACCUUGCCUGAGUCCUCCUUACCUGCACUAUUAUUGAUGACGCCCCUCCCUGUGUCUGCACUGCCCCGGAGGUGUUCUCACACACGGCCCACAAUCCCACCCAGCUACUCAUCUCCGAUUAAGAUCAUAGCUCCCUGCCAUGUAUGCUGCGGUAAUUGAUUGCAGUCUCUUCCCUGAUGCUAUCCGAUGAAAUCUCUCUUAUUUUCAGAUUUCCACUUUAAAGGAAGGACCGGUUGUUUUGUGCGUUGCACGCUUAUCUCCAGAGAUACAUAGUGGGAUUGUCAUGCCCUGUUUAUCUGAUUUGCACGCUACUGCAUCGUCGGGGAGAUCGCAGCGAGACGUUGACAGGAAACAAAAGGGAUCGCGGUGACAGGCCUGUAAACAGCUUUUUCAGCAGGAGCCCACGGCCCCGAAAGCAUUGUGCCACCCCAUCCAGAAGGAAUCCUGCGAGAUAGCACAGACAGUGCCUUCUCAAUCAACAAAUGAGGGGAUUUAUAUACAUUUGCAAGAAGAAUUGACACAUUGCAAAACAAUGAGCCAGAUAAUUCUGUUUGAUAUCCCCCAGGGGAUCAGAAACCUUGGGAUAUAUAUAUAUAUAUAUAUAUAUAUAUAUAUAUAUAUAUAUAUAUAUAUAUAUAUAUAAUUAAAUUAUUAUUUUUAUUAAAUUAUGAAAUUGACAACUGAAAUUAAAUGCUUAUUUCCAUUCAAAAUGUAAUUAAAUUCAGGGAAAUUGACACAAAGUUUCAGAUAUAAGUCGAUUAGCUCACCGACCAAAUUUUUGGCCAUGAGUUUGUAAGUCAUUUCUUCAUUGCAUCAAAAUAUGGUAUUGCCCUGUGCUGUUGGAUGGGAUAUUAGCUGUUUUCACACCCUGCUUCUUUCCCCUUUGGGACUCAUUCUUCAAGAUGUUUCAGUGCUGUAGCGCACUAGCCCUGUCUGCAGCUACAUGUAGAUCUGUGUGCAAUCUGAACUGGCUCUAAACUGUGAUGAAAUGACGUUUGCAGCGUGUUUACACUGUUGAGGUGACAGACUCUAGGAUCAGGAAACAGUCAAAGCGCUGGUUUGUCUCAAAUGGUUAGAUUAAAGUGCACUCACAAAGGAAUAUUUAUUUAUUUGUGAUCCAAGAAGAGACUUUGACAGGGAAAGACAUUCAAAGGAAUACCAAGAAAUGACUGAAAAGCUCCAAGCCAGUAGAGAACAGAAAUACACUCCUAUGUGCCUACAAAGCAGUCCAAUGUAAAGCGUCUCCAUGUAUAACUGGCUGUUCUUUCUUCACGUUAUGCUUCGAUUGAACAUAAAGAUGGAUCUUUUUUAUUGUUUUACUUUUUCGUCUUCCCAAAGAGCUAUAAUGUAUUGCAAAAUCUUCAGGAUUCAAGAUUUUUUUUUUUUUUUUCUGAAAAAUGAGAAACUAUAUGUAGAGUAAAAAGUUUAAUAUUUAUUGAUUUAUAGGUUUUUAUCUGUGUUAAAAUGAAUUUAUAAUGUGAAUAAGGUAUUGAUCAGUCGUCUCAUUGUGUGAACUCUGUCUCAAUGUAGAACAGUGGAACACCACUAAGUGGCAGCAUCAUUACCAGGUGCUUCUCUCUCUUCAUUCUCAUCUUCAUCUUAUGAGCGAGCUUAUGCUUCCUUUUUUAUCAUUGCAUUUUCCCAGUUAUCAUAAUGCUGCCUUCAGAUCCAGGAACAUUUGUAUUUAUGAAUUUUUAAACCUCCAAUUAAUGACUGCUAAUGUCUGUGUCUGUGUGUGUGUGUACUUUUUUGUUUUUUUGAAAACCUGAUUAAAAUUAUUAUUAUUUCAUUGUUUUAGUUUUAUCUUAAAAUGCAUACAAAAUCAGUCAGCGUUCAACAUGCUCAAUACAAUACUACGGUAGCUUUCACCAUGUUCCAUUAAUUAUCAAUCAGCAGUUCUGUGCUCAAAGUUUCCCACCUAAGAACUUUGAUGUACUCUCAACUCAUAAAUACGAUCAUCCUGACACAAUUUAAAGGCAGCAUAAGGCCCGGUGAUAUUUAAAGAUUCAGUAUUUUCCUGUGAUGCCGUAUCAGUUCUUUCCUCUCCGAGAGGAAGCUCUGUUAUGUCACAGAGGAUUCAGAUAGAUUAACUUCUCGUUAGGAAAAUCACAUUUACCAGCUGUUUACGGCACAGUCAGAAAUCGGCUCUACCUCUCCCUCCCUUUAUUUAUAAAGGUUAAAGGUCAGCUUUAGCAUUGCCUUUUUUUUUUUUUCAAGAGGAUUUUUGGUCUGGCACUGAAAUCUGGGGCGAAAUCCGUGCCCGAGGCAGAUUAUGGUCUUCUCCUGGGUGCACAGUUCCCUACACUCCAACUGCGAGCGGUAGAAUUGGUUUUCUAAGCUUUCUCACCGGUAAUCUGUUCCCACUCCUCUCUCCCCAGAGAUGAAGCCUGACAGGACGGAUUUAACAGGCUUCCACACAUCGUUAUAUAUUUAUAUAAGGCAGAGUCUGUUUCAACACAGAGUUGUGGGCCACUAAUCACCCAGCGAUCUCUAACCUCGAAGGGUUUCUGCCUCGAUUUCGUCUCUCACAAUGUUUUCUCCACUCAUACCUUCAUAACCAUAUUCUCCACUCUUUAUCGAGAUGUCUUUCAAACCUUUGUGUGUAAUGCUGAGGGUGUCCUACUGAGGGGCAUACAAUUAAGUCAACAAAUGUUUGCAGUGUUGAGAGUCUCUAAAAGUCUCAUGCUUAAACAUUACUGUCGUUUUAGUAUUUUUUUUUUGUGUGUGUGUGUGUGUAAUAAUUGCAUUUGUGGCAUUUUGCAACAAUUUCUGGGGCUAUUAAAUUAGCAAAAAGCCAUAUUUACUGUACGAAAGCGACCUUGAGUAACAGUAAGCCGGUACUCUGAGGGCUCAUGGGUAAUGAUCUGUUGUCCACUUAAGCCAAAGACAAGCCUGGCCGCAGUGGCCUAACCUGUAGCAGUGCAAUCCGAGUGUCCUGCAGCGCCACCUAGCAGCUGUAUCGCACUUCAACUGUAUAUAUGUACAGAAGUUACAAUAAAAUGUAUAUUGCUUCUUUUGGAAA